CUGUUUAGAUUAUUUAAAAUUAUUUAGUGUUCGACGUAGAGACAGAGCAGAAGUCGCGCUUGUUUUUAUCUAUUUAAUGUAUAUUUAUUACAGUAAACGCGAAACAUAACUAAAAGGGUCGCCCCAGUAAAGAAGUCUGAAUGAUAUUACUACAUUUUCGAUUAUUAUUUGCAACUGUGUAACAUCCAGCUAUGGUCCAACUUUGACAUAAUUUGAUCUUAUGACGGAUGUUCAAAGAAAAGUGGUGUUUGUACGGUGAAAGUUUUGUUUUAAAUGUUGCGUGCCAAAUCGUGAAGAAAUGUCCCUCGUCAUCGGGUUGUAAUUAAUAAUAUUUAUUUUAUCGACGUCGCAUGCUAAGCAGAUAGACGAUUUCAUUUUUGUUUAGGUCAAACUUUAAUUUGAAGCCGCAAAAAUGGCCCUAAAGGUGGAACCAAAAAAUGACUUCGAUUUCAUUCUGAGAAACCUGUUGGCAGGAGGUGUGGCUGGUAUGUGUGCUAAGACCACAGUAGCCCCAUUAGAUAGGAUUAAGAUAUUACUGCAGGCCCAGUCCGUACACUAUAAGCAUCAUGGUGUGUUUGGAGGUUUAGUGGCUAUAGUGAAACAGGAGUCUUUCAUAGCUCUCUACAAAGGCAAUGGGGCGCAGAUGGUCAGGAUAUUCCCGUAUGCGGCGACACAGUUCACGAGCUUUGAAAUUUAUAAAAAGUACCUCAGCGGGCUAAGCAUACCACUAGUCCAGCACGGUGACAAAUUCCUUGCUGGAGCCGCGGCCGGCGUGACCUCUGUGACCCUCACUUACCCUCUCGACACGAUCAGAGCGAGACUUGCUUUCCAAAUAACUGGGGAGCAUAGAUAUACCGGCAUCGCGCAUGCGGCUUCUACCAUGUUCCGAACGGAGGGCGGUAUACGAGCGUUAUACCGCGGUUUCGUCCCCACUAUGGUGGGCAUGGUGCCGUACGCAGGCUUUAGUUUCUACUGCUUCGAGUCGCUUAAAUAUUUCUGUAUGAAGUAUCUGCCAACGACUCUGUGCCGGAAAUGCGACAGGAAUACGGGCGGUCUAGUACUAACGGUGCCGGGUAAGCUACUGUGCGGCGGUCUCGCCGGCGCCGCGGCGCAGUCCGUCUCGUACCCGCUGGACGUGACGCGCCGGCGCAUGCAGCUCGCCGCCAUGGACCCGGCCACCAGGCACUUUGGUUAUGGUAUGUUAAAAACCUUGACUCACAUAUACCGCGAGAACGGUAUCGUGAAAGGUUUGUACCGCGGCAUGAGCGUCAACUACAUCCGGGCCAUACCCAUGGUGGCCACUUCCUUCUCCACGUAUGAGCUGAUGAAGCAGCUACUGAACUUGGAUACGGGGAUGAGUGUUUAAUGCUGAUUGUGCUUGCGAUUGAAGUGCUUCGUUGGUUUAUAUCACUGAUUGUUGUGAUAUUUAAUAUUUUUUUGUAAUUUCUUCUUGGAAAUUUGAAACAUGGUUCAGUUUUGUUUGUGAGAACAAUAUUUGUGAAAUAUUUUUAUGAUCUAUUCUUGUUAUUUCGAAAGUAUGUAGACUGUAGAGUGGUCAAAUUGGAGUGAUUUGCUUGGUUUAGAUUGGUUGUGAUAAUUUUUUUCAUGGAAAUAGUUUGGGAGCCUGUUUAAUUUUUUUUUUGUUCCAUGCAAAAUUUGUAUUAAACAAGUGUCCGUUUUAUAUUGCUCUUUAAGGUAUAAUGUGUUAGAACUAUAAGUUUUCUAUCGCAAUGAAUUUUCAUUUUAAACAGCAUAUUGUAAUCGCAAGCUGUCAAAUGAAUGUAACUUACGAAUGUGAGAAUGCGGGACGUAAUGUUUUGUGUAAUGUAUUUUCAUAAAAAUAUAACUAUUUUACCUAUCGACAUUAAUAUACAGGGAAGUAAUGUGAUCAUCGUUUGUUGACUGAGAUCAAGUUUUGAAUUGAAUUGCAUAUAUGUAGAUAUAAGUCCUGUUUAUUAAAUUCCACUUUUCGUUCUAUAAUUAUUAACAACCAAAGAUGCAUAAUUCAGGCAGAUUGAAUCGUGAAACUAAAACUGUAAAACUUUAGGAUAAAUUCUCUUCAACGGUGAACGCAGGAUCACUUAAGUAUAAGGAAAAGUAAGGUGUACUCGAAUAAUGACGAAGGGUAUUUCUAAAAUAUCGAAAAUCGUUUGUAGAUGAAAAAUUGAUAUUAUUCUUAAUUUUAUAAACUCCAUUUCAUUUAACUGCUUAUACUCUAUUUAUAUUAUUCAAAUUCAUAAAAUAAUGUCGAGUGAAAUUGUUGUAAAUUAAUUUCUUAAUUACCCCAAAGCACUCGAUGUUUUUUGCGAUAAAAUUACAUGGGCUUAAAUUAUUUAAUCAUUGGUUUGGGUAGAAUAAGUGUAGUCUCUAUUUUUCACGAUGAAACGUAUGUAUUUUAAGGAAACCAGUAUUUUAAGUAAUGUCAUAGAAGUAAGGCCCUGGUUGUAACAUAGCAUUUAAAUAUAUUCUUAUAUAUAUAGUUAGCACAACCAUGAUCAAAUAUAUCUAAGCUCUCAAUCUUUUUUUCUUUGUGAGUAGUUAAAUUAUAAUGAGUUGUAAGAUUUAUGAAGAUCCACGUGGAUAGCUUUACAUGUUACAUAAGAUGUAACUAAUUUCGUUAUAAGAGGCUUGUAUUUUAAGAAAUGAUUAUUUUUGUAUGGUUUUAAGUUAUUAUCUCUGUUCAUUUUAUUCGGGUCAAAGAGCACUUGUACUGUAUGAUUGGGGAGUUUGGAAUUGUUAACGAUUUGUGUUCGGGAUCGUCAAAAUCAUAUUUAUUGAGAAUAUAUAUGUAUAAACUUUACAGCA